CCCGUACGCUGGGUUUUUACCGACGCAUCUGAUUGGCUGCGCGGUGUAAACACCAAAAGCGCUUCAGUUCAUUGGUCAACAGUCACUCAGCCGAAACGUGUGGCAAACGUUACUAAACGAUAGAGUAAAAAUGAGUCUCCGGAAGCAGACACCAAGUGAUUUCCUGAAGCAGAUCAUUGGGAGACCAGUGGUGGUAAAGCUGAACUCUGGUGUCGAUUACAGAGGAGUCCUGGCUUGCCUUGAUGGCUACAUGAAUAUCGCUGUGGAACAGACUGAGGAAUAUGUCAAUGGCCAGCUGAAGAACAAGUAUGGAGACGCAUUUCUCAGAGGAAACAAUGUGUUAUACAUCAGCACCCAGAAGAGGAAGAUGUGAAGCCGUUUUGCUAGUUUCUUUAUUCAUUAUUACAUAAGUAAAUUGUUUACCCUGGAUAUUUGUAAUCCUUUGUUAGCUGACAAUAAUGUCCGAUAAGUUUGUUUCAUGUUUUGUAACACAAAAUUUGGUGUUCUGCAGAGUGAUGCAGUAAAUUUGUUUUUCAACAGUA